GACUGUUCAACAUCCAAACGAUCGCGAAGUAACUGUGAGGUCAGAACGAAUUGGGAGAAUUGACUAAUUUGAAGAAUUCCCAACCAGUAGUUCUCAAAAAAAAAAUCGUUUUGGAGCAUUCAGUAUUUCUGAGAUUGUUCAUUGAUUCUAAUUCAUUAAACGUAAUUCAUUGAUUACGAAUCAUUCUUCCAUAAAUUUGUACUUCGUUUCUCAAGUCUUACCAAAUGUCUCGUGUUAAGAGAAUUGCCAAAGAAUUAGAAGAAUGUCGUCAAGACACGCAGUCUGGUGUUUCGUUGAAGUUGAACAAUGAAAACGACUUGACCAAGUUGACUGGUUUCUUCAAAGGGCCACCAGGCACUCCGUACCAAGGAGGUGUUUUUCUGGUUGACAUCACCAUCCCCAACGAGUAUCCAUUCAAACCACCAGUGAUGAAAUUCCUGACCAAGAUCUACCAUCCCAACAUCUCGUCAGUGACUGGGGCCAUCUGUUUGGAUAUCUUGAAGGACGCGUGGACUCCCAUCUUGACGUUGAAAAGCACCUUGAUAUCAUUGCAGUCGUUGUUACAAUCGCCGGAACCAAAUGAUCCACAAGAUGCUGAAGUUGCUAAGCAUUACUUGACUAACAAGACAGGCUUUGAUGAAACAGCUGCGUACUGGACCAAGAUCUAUGCUAGUGACAGAGACGAAGAGGGCAAGUCCGAGUUCAGCGACUCGGCCCUUUACGGAAUAGACGAGUCAAUUGUAGGCCAGUUCGAAAACAUGGGCUUCCCCCGUGACAAGACCAUCGAGGUGUUGAGAAGAAUGGGUGUCAAGAGCUUCAACGGUGUCAGCAACAAGGGCGACUUGGAGAACCAGAUAUUGGAAGAGUUGCUUAAAGAGUGUCAAUAAGCGUAUAGAAUACUAAGCUUAGCU